GUCUCUCUCUCUUCCCCUCCUCCACCAUCUCUGCAAGCUCAGACCAUCUCCGACACCACAGAGCACGCGCACAAUGGGGAGAAGAAAGAUUGAAAUCCAGCCUAUCACUCACGAGCGUAACCGUUCGGUCACCUUCUUGAAGCGCAAGAAUGGUCUCUUCAAGAAGGCGUACGAACUCGGUGUACUUUGCUCUGUCGACGUCGCCGUCAUCAUUUUUGAGGAACGCGCGGGCCACCACCUAAAGCUGUACCAGUACUGCUCGGGGGAUAUACAUGACAUCGUUCAACGGCACAUGCGAUAUGACGGUGAGAAGGACACACGGACACCCCACGACUUCGCCAACAACGCCAACGCCAAGGUCGCUGGUGACGGCGACGGCGACGAUGAGGACGACGGUGACGACGAUGACGAAGGCCCUCGUGGUAACAAGAAACGGGGUGACCCCAAGGCAAAGACGGAAUACAGUCCGGGCAAGCUCAUGCUGCCCCACUCGGAUAUGGGAAUGAACGAUUUGGAUUACCCUCUUCACCGCUCGACAAUGACAAUACCACCACCUCCAAUGCCUCUUCAUCACGCUUCGCAGCUGUCUCCAAGUGGUGGGGGUUCCUCUCUUCCGAUAUCGGGCGAAAGACAUAAUCAUUCCGGUCGACUUUUAGCUUCUGGCAACCAGGUCACCAAGAAGCAGCGCCUGGCACCCAACCUCGGUAACAAACUGGUCACGGACGACAUGUACAAUGGUUCUUAUCUCCCCUCACCUAACUCCGCUGGAGGCGGUUAUUCAAGUCGUCAUCCCGGACAGCCCUCACAAAUGCAAUACUCGUCAAGCUACCUAGGCGUGACCAGUCCACCGCCCUCGCUUAUCUCCUCGUCAUUUGACUUUCCAUCUUCGGGCACCCGCGGAACACAGGUCUCUCGCAACAGCUACAGCCAACGGUCAUCAUUCUCCCACCAACCGGAUGUCUAUCAACAGCUGAUGCGCGGGAACCUCCCGCCGGGUCAACAUGGGCAUGGGCCUGGGAUGCAUGCGCAACAGUCGCCGGAUCUGCUCUCUGCGUUUUUGGAGAACGAAGACCACCGUCAACCUCACGCACAAAACCCUCAGUUUGCGCCGUUAGAUUGGCCAACUCACAAUCAAUCGCAUCAGCAGCAACAGUCAGCGCCCCCGCAUUCCGCGCAUGAUCCCCCACAGCCGGGGGAACCAAAUUGGCUUGAUCUCUUCAACCCCUCGAACAACCAAAGCAAUCACCAACUGUCCAUGUCUCUCCCCCCUGCGAACCGGGAUACACUUUCGUGGGAGCGCGAGAGGGAGGCCGCGCCUUAUUCCGCAGAACGCGGAAGUGGCGGCGGUGGGAAUCCGCCGUCCGCAUCGGCAGGGGACUCUAGUAAGUCCCCACAUGGCCCCCCAGGCAGCGCGCUCCCGCUCUCUCCGCGCUCGCGCAAGCGAAUGAGGACGAACUCAACAGCGAGCGGUUCCCCGCCUGGGGUCGCUGGCGAUGGCGGUGGACUGCCAGACGGCGGGGUCAAGGAGGAAUAGUGCGCUUGGCUUCGUUCUUGACGUCUAUGUCUGCUGAGGUAAAAGUUGCUGUCGAUUUCAUGCUUGUACAAUAGAACCAUACAUCUCACUCUCAUUCGUGCACUCAAUACAUUCCAUCCCAUCCCUCCCCCCGCAUUCCACCCCACCCCAUCCCAUCCAUACGUAUGCAGUACGUACCCUGGUGCAGUAGGCGCCGCGAAACGGACGCGCGCUUCGGACACUUGCUUUUUUCGCUUGGCUUAAUCAAGUUACACGUGCUACAGAUUACAGUACUCCCCAUCCUUUUGUUGUUCUAGC